AUGAGACUGACACGGCUGCUUCUCGCUUCCCUAGAGGGUCUAAAGCCACUCUGCAUUGACCAAAACUUCUCAGUAUUCAAAAGGACUGUAGAUCACCUACAAUCCUGGCAAUUGGAACUCCCUGGGUCGGUGAAAAAGGCCACCUGUCACUUGUGUCUGGAUACCACACAGUCAGCACAAAGAGGAGCCUGGAUGUUUCUCUAUGAGAAUGUGCCUCAGUUGAAGUACCACAACCCCUCAAUCGUGUUCAGUGUUCAACGUCACAAUGAGGAGGACUCGAAAAUAGAGUUUGUCUCAGAAAAUGGUGAUGCUGAAAUACUCCUCAUGACUGGAUUAAAACAAGCUGAAAUCAGAGAACAACUAGAAUCACUUGUGAAUAGAUUAUGAUGACAAUAAGCAGCUAUCAGUUUAAUGUCACAUUAUAUGUACUACAUUGUCGUUUGGUCCAGCCCAUGUUGAUGAUUUUAUUUGCUAUUUCUAA